AUGCUGAACUUUGUAUAUCCGGAGGAGAUGUAUCUCUUUGUGGAGAGCAUUCGUCCGUUUGAGGUGCGCGAGGUGGGCAGCUCCAAGUGGCUGGAGGUGCACGAGAUGAUCAUAAAGCUGAGCCAGCAGGCCUCUUUGGAACUGAGCCAGAAUCGCGAGGAAGAGGUCAAGGAGUUUCUCAUAUCGCGCGACAAGCUGCGCCUGCUGAUCCACGAAGCCUAUUGCGUAACCAUGUGGAAGACCCGGGUUCUUCCGCAUAUCCUGGAGAUAGAUCCCAAUCCACAGGCCACGUUCCUCAUCUACACGGUGCUGUAUCACGAGGCUGCCCUGGUGGCUCUCCUGGAUGUUUGCCUCUACCAUCCCAGUGGCUGUGAGACGCUGCAGGAAUCGGUGCUGGAUUUGAUCGACUAUUGUGCCCAAGCGGUUUCCCAGGUCAUUGGCUUGGUCAGCAUGGGCUACCAUGAGAAUGAGUCCAAACUGGAUGUGGAUGAGGCAGUGCUCACGGAGCUGGAACGCCAGAAACGUGACUUUAUCUAUAAGAUUGGCUUGCGCUGCAUCUCCGUAUUGAACUAUCUGGCGGAUAAUGUGGGAUUGUUCCAUCUGAGCGCAGCACGCCGUAUGCUGGUGACCCACGAUAUUCCUUGGCUCAUGGUGGAUGUUCUCUGUUUCCGUCCCUGGCAACGCAAGACUAGCAAGGGGAUGCAAAAGUUCAUCGACGAGAAGUGGACCAAUGUGGAUGACGUUGCCAAGAUUGUCAAGCCGGAGGCUCAGGCCUGGUUCUGUGUGCGUCAGCUCCUUCUAAACGCCCAGAUCAUGGAGAACUAUGCGUUCAAUGAGGCACGCUGCAAGCAGUUAAGCAAGCUUUUGGGCCUGAUGCACGAGACUUUGCUGGACCAACUGCCACCUCUCAUAGAACUCAAGAUGUUCCUCAGCCGCCUGACGCUUAGUGGUAGUACGGCCAAGUCGCAGUCCCUCUUGCUGGAGGACAUUCCGCAGAUCCAAGAGGAGCUGAUGAAGGACGUGGAGCAAAACGGCGGCUUUUACCAGAUAGCUCAAGAACAGGACUCGGUGUUCCUUAACAAAAACAAGGAAGACAUCUGCGCUUUGGCCAGCCGCCUGAGCAAAGCCUACGGCACGGAGUUACUCUGCGAGCUGGAGCAGAACAUGGAGGACCUUAAAGUGGAUGAGCCAAAGGAUUCCGGAGCUGGCGGCGAUGGCGGGGUGGAGCACAGCUGUGCCACCUGUGAGGGCAAGGCAAAAAAGAAGUGUGCAAGCUGCAAGCAAGUGCACUACUGCUCCCGUGAUUGCCAGCUCAAGGAUUGGCCACAGCACAAGCUGGUCUGCCUUAAAGACUAAUUUAAGCCCAGCUUUAAUUACAAAAAAUUCGCUUGAUUAGAAUAGAAC